AUGUCCAAGAUUUCAAAGCCCUCUGAUGAUUCGCUCGCUGAUGAUGUCACUCAAGCUGGCCCCGACUCCCAAAAGCGCAGCACCCGCGAAAUUGCCGAUGAGGUCCGCCGAAAGUAUGGAGAUCGAAUGGACGAGAUCAACCAGACCCUCAACAAACAACUCUCCCGGAUCACUGGCGGCGAGGAGAGCGCGUCCAAGGAAGCCAUCUCGUUGAGCCUCGAGUUGGCUGACACUUAUUUCGAGAUACUAAACAUCGAUGUGGAAUAUUCUUAUCGCGAAAAUAUUGAAACGCAAUUGUUUCGCCAAGCGUUUUACCGACUAAUCAACGCGCUGAGGACAGCUGCUGGGCUAAAGAGAGCGGCCUCCGGGGCGUUUGCGAAAUGGCUUCAGCAAUUUCUAUCGCAGGGAUUGGCAUUUUACAAGCGACUUAUCGGAAGUUAUGAGAAGGAAUACAAGCUGUCGAUCUCCAAAUCACUAUUUUGGAAGGGUGGAUUGCCAGCCGACGAUUUGCGAGCCGCGCAUGAUGGAAUAUUUCCAGGACAGGAAUAUACAGCCAAACAAAAGCGUAUUCUUCGAUCGCUAUCCCGUCAUUUUCUCGCGCUUGGAAACCUGAAUCGCUAUGUUGCUGGCGGGGAGGAGAAUGAUUCGUAUUCUAGAGCGAAGGCUUGCUACCUGCGAGCCGUCCAAUUCUGGCCUGAGACCGGGCACGCAUACAAUCAGCUGGCGAUUCUAUCUGUCGCCAACAAAAGACUGCUCGACGAAAUGUUUUUCUCUAUGCGAGCCCUCAGUUGCUUGCAUCCAUUCGAAGCUACUGAUGAGCGAAUGAAUCAGCGACUCAGCGAGGUGUUGUUAAAAAUUGAAGAGCACGAGGAGGCGAUGAACAAGCAGUUGGGCCGGAUCAAAAGCGAGGCCGAGAUCGCCUUCCAAAAAGAUCGCUCGGUUGAGAUCUGGGUACGAGAUGAUGGGCACGGCGAUCGAAAAGACGAGGACGAUGAGAGCGCGGAAAAUCUGUUGCAGCUCGUUCGGAACCUCCCUACCGCUACGUUAUCCGAGAGAUUCGUUCAAUACGCCCUCGCCGUCGCGACAAUGUUGCUGCAAAAGCUCAGCCUCGAGAAUUUCCUUUCGGUCUCGACUCGGAUGCUCGUACAUUUGAUUGUGGCCCUUGAACAGCCGGGGUCCCCGCUAACCGCGCUCCAACUCUCCCAAGUCACCGCGAUUUUCAUCUAUGUCUUGGUGAACUGUGAGAGCAAAUGCGCCGAAACGAUCACCGUACCGCAUCAGCUAUCCGUCCAAUUCAUCAUCACUUACCUGGGCGUCUUGCUACAACCACUAUCCGGCUGCAAUGUCCCCCAAAUCGUCAAGUGGCUCUCCGAAAACGAAGAAGCACCGCGCCCUGUUCGAGUCCCGAUGCCGUCAGUCUUUUUGCUUGCCCAAUUUUUCUCGAAUCCAAUCGGGCGUAGGAUUCUCGGAUCUUCUAAUACGCUCGAGCCACUGUCGCCGAUGCCUUUCCUCGAUGCUUGGUCCAACUUGGCGAACGCGGCAAACUUGUUCCAGGAUCGCAAGAUUCGUCGCAUUCUCUAUCCUUCAGAUUCCGGAAAAAUAGCGGUCUACAUGCCUGAGCUUUUCCUUGUCGCGUCAUUCUGCGAUGUCUUUCCCCAUCCACCUAAGAUCACCGAGGUCGCCGGCCGACAGGGAGAUGGCACGGAUCUGAUCGCUCUUCAUGCUCGGCUGGCCUCUGUGGCGCAGCUUGCACAUAUUUUUGUCGAGUUGGGUACGUCAUCCCUCGACUAUGACACGAGCAAUAAGGAGUUUUUCAUACCGACACCUGCCGCUGAGAUCGAAGAAGCGGGCCCGGGCCUUAUUCUUGAAAGAAGACGGUCCAGCGAAUCAAAGAGCACGCGUGAGCAGUUGACCAGCUACGAGCAGAAGCUACGAAAUACGUUUAUCGUCGUCAAACCGACCCAGAUUGUCCCUGACACGAACGCGUUUGUUGAUCAUCUGCAGUGGAUCGAAAAGAUAAUCAAUUCGGGGAGAUACACGCUGCUCAUCCCUACAGUUGUUAUUCAAGAACUUUCUGGACUUUCUCUGGCUGUCAAAGAAGUCACCUCGCGAACUCAAGCUCUCUACGUCAAUGCACAAGCCAAGAAAGCCGUGCGAUGGAUUGAGGGACUCUACAAGACUCGUCCCAAGAAUGUUGGCCUACUGACGAAACAGGGGGUGCGGAUCCAGUUGAUGAGCACCACCGAAGAGAAGCAGCCCUCGGAGACCUAUCAGAUCAACGACGACCUGAUCGUCGAAUCGUGCGCGUUGUUUGCUGAGGAUCUCUUUAUGCCACCCUUCAAUGCGGAAAAGUUACGUGACCAGAUACCGAAAGGGGCUCACAUCGAGAGUCGCGGCGUCGUGUUGCUCACUGACGAUCGCGGUAUGCACAUCAAAGCGUCGAUCCCGGGCUGGUCGGUUGAGCGCAACGGGAAUUUCGGCCUAUGUCGC